AUGUUUUCGUCGGCACGGCGGUGGCUGCGCCAGAACCGCACGCCCAUCGCAAUUGGCGUUGGUGUCAUCGGCGCUGGGUAUGCUGUGUCGCAGUAUGUCAUCUCCAGAAUCAGCGAUGCUCGUGAGCGCAUGAGCAGCGAACGAAUCGCAAAGGAAAAUCUCCGCCGCCGGUUCGAGCAGAACCAAGAAGACUGUACAUUCACUGUCCUCGCCCUGCUGCCGACUGCGACAACGAAUAUCCUCGAGGCCAUGGAUACGGAGAAGAUCACAUAUGAGAUUCAACAGAUGAAGAGCGCCAAAGGCCUCAAGGCAGGUAUCACAGAAUCGACAGCUCCUAGUAUUGCCGACACCUCCCUCACCGAGGAGGAGAGCAAGAGUCUACACCCGGAAAGUGCUUCAACCGACCCAGCGCCAUCACCAGCUGCCGCCCCCGGCGUCGAAUCGCAGGAGGAGAGCGCUCCUCCAAAGCCAACAAAGUCAAAGCGACAGCUGUGGGAUGAUCUGGCCAUCAGCGCUGUCACCCGCGCAUUUACUCUCAUCUAUACUCUUGCGCUCCUGACUAUGCUUACCCGGAUCCAGUUAAAUCUGCUGGGCCGCCGGAGCUAUCUCUCGAGCGUCGUUGCUCUCGCCACGAGCUCGCAACAGGCUACCAUCAGCCUGGAGAAUAACGACGAUGACAACUCAGAACAGGCUUAUGGAAGUGAUUUCGACACAAACCGCAGAUAUCUGACAUUCAGCUGGUGGCUGCUCAACAGAGGUUGGCUGUAUAUUAUGAAGCGGGUCGAGGGCGCCGUCCGCACUGUCUUUGGCAGUUUGAGCCCUCGCGAUCUGGUAAGCUUCGACAGAUUCGCAGAGCUCACUAUCGAGGUUCGGAAGCUUGUCGAAGGUGCGACACAAGAGGAGCGCAGGAAAGCCAAAUGGCUUACCUAUCUGUUGCCCCCGCGAGAGGAUGAGGAUCUCGUAUUAGAAGAAUCCGGUAUUCUUCUGGGCAACUCGUUACAAAGCUCGCAGCAGUCACCUGCGUCCCUUCGGAGGCUCCUGGAUGAAACGGCGGAUCUCAUUGAGUCGCCUUCCUUCGCGCAUGUCCUCACUCUCCUGCUCGAUGCGGGGUUCUCUUCUCUAGUUGACAAGAAGCUUGCCAAAGAAGCAUUCGAGUUUCCCGCCCAGCCAGACGGGAAUGUAGUCGUGCCUUACAGCAAAGAACUGAAGAGCACAAAGGUCGUCCUGUUACCCAAGAUCCUCUCUGUGCUCACCCGGCAGGCGCACAUCAUUGGGAAUGGCAUGCCCAAUGAAUAUCUCCAGGAUAUGGAGUCAGUCCGUGACUUGGAGUCGUUUGCCGCUGUUGUCUACUCGAGCAACUGGCAGAACGAGGUCCAGGAAGACGGCAUGAUGGACAGCGCAGUCCAUGUCGACUGGCCCGAGGAGCCCGCACAGAAGAACGGAGAGUCCAGCAUCUUCGUGGUUGAGCCACAGAGCGGCCUGGAAAGUGCUUGGGAGCGUGCGGUAGCCAAGCCGUGA